AGUGCAGCCCCUGUACCAAGCAGCCGACCUCCUCCAACUGGACUAUGUGAGAGACACCUGCAGCAGCUACAUGGCCAUGAACGUGGAGCGCUCCACAUGUGCAGAGCUGUACAAGUUUGCUGAUGUCUUCUCUGUUGACAUUGUCCAGAAGCGUUGCCUGCAGUGGAUAGCCAGACAUUUUACCGAGGUUGCCUCCAGUGAGGAAUUCUACAUCAUGAGUGUGGCUCAGCUGACUAAUAUCAUCAGCCACGAUGAGCUGGAUGUUAAAGAGGAGAUAACCGUGUGGGAGGCUGUGGUGAGAUGGGUGCAGCACAGCAGGGAGGACAGACUGCAUCACCUACCCAGCAUCCUCCCUCACAUCCGCUUCAACCUGCUGCCCUCAGACGACAAGGCAGCCAUCUUGGAUCACCCACUGGUCAGGAAUGAUCCUGGGAGCUCUGAGGUCAUCAGGAAUGUGGUACAGAAAUGGAACCUCAACCUGAAACCGAGGCUUGGGAUGACUACAGAAAUGGCUAUUCUGUACUGUGGAUCAAGAAAGCUCCUCUUCAUGAACCCUCAGGAAGGGAAGUACAUCAGCUGCAGGUACAGUCGUGAAGACAUGUCCAAGUUCUCUGCCAUGACAGUCACCAGUGAUAACGACAUUUACAUACUGGAUACUGAGGAAUUAGAUGAUGAUGAGAAUCAGUUGUCCCUGUUUAAGUACAACCAUGCUAAGAAUGUUUGGGAGCUUGCAGGUGUGUCCACAAUAUCUCAUGGACCGAUUCAUGAAUUUUCUCACUGCCAGGAACUUCUUUUUGAAGUUGAUAGGAACUUGUAUUACCUUGCUGUUGAUCGAGAAAUAGACAGGCCAUUGCUGCAGUUGAGAAAGUACAACCAGAACACAAAACAAUGGCAAGAGUGUUCAUCACUUCAACUCAAUGAAACUUUAUGCUCCUGUGCAACAUUGUCCUGCGGUUCGUACAUCUACUUCCUCACAAAUUCAGCCGUGUAUUGCUACGAUUCGAGCCAGGACCGUUGGAGCGAGCGGACCCCACCGUACAUUGAAGUCUGUACAGCCGUUGUUAUGGGAACAGAGAUUUUCUGCACAGAUUGUGAAUUCACUCAGACUCUGGUGUAUGACACAGAGUCUGAUAACUGGCAGGAACUCCAAGGCUGGCCGAACCCUAAUCCAGAAAGCCUUGAUGAUGAUAGUUUGCCCAUUCUUUUCGUAGUAGAGAACCAGCUGCACAUAUUGUUAAUCUGUGAUAGUGACUCCCAGGAAGGCAUCGUGCAUUUGGUGUAUGUUUAUGACAAGUCUACUGAUGCCUGGAGAGAGUUGAAGGCAAAUAUGCCUAAUAAGGAGUAUUUUGCACCUGGUUCUUUUUCACCUGUGGCACGUAUGUACCUACCACAUCUGAAGGGGACAUGAACAUACAUCACUUCUUACGCACACAAUUUUCAGUGCUGUAGUAUAAGCAUCUAUAGAGUACUGUCCCCUAACAUUUAUUAAGAUCUCAGGUUUUGCUGAAUGCUCUCACCAUGUGAAAGACCUUAUGGUACAUUUUAUAGUUUUAAGUAGCAGUUGGGCAUUUGCCAAAAACCAUUGCUUUGUUUUCUUAUUCAGUUUUAUAGAACUGACCUAAGUGAUGUCAUUUGCCUUUACGUCAAGCAACUAUAAUUAGCAGACUUUAUAUCGUAAAACUUUUACAAUCAUUCUACUUGUAUUUUAUUAUUAGAUUUGAUGUAUUUCCUAUAGCGUGCUUAAUCUUUUAUCUGUUGGUCUCCAUAUAUAUUAGUCUUACAACGGUCAUUAACUUUAUAUCUAUUGUAAAACUUUUACAAUUAGAGUCCAUUUCGAGUCACCAAGAGGGUUUUGAAAUAAUAUUUGUAUUAAGUUUGAACUUUUCGAAGUAAAAGAAUAUUUCAGUCACUAAAGUGACAAACAAUUGUACAAACAAUUGAAAAUGAGAGUUUGAACAUGUUUGAACCUAUCUGGAUAUGUU